AUGUCCGACUACUCCAAGCUUCCUGCGGCUGCUACGCUGGAGGUCCGUCCUUUCACCGCGCACGCGCCCGAGGACAAGGUGCAGCACUUCAAGCAACUGCUUGAGCUGUCGCCCAUCGGACCGGCCGUGUAUGAAAAUACGCAUAACGGGCGCGCAUACGGCGUAACGAGAGAAUGGCUGAAGGAGGCCAAGGAGGAGUGGCUGCGCGGCUUCGACUGGCGCAAGUAUGAAAACCGCAUCAACUCGUUCCCCAACUUCAAGGCCAACGUCGAGGACGCAGACGGCAACCGCGUGGACUUGCACUUCAUGGGACUCUUUUCUGAGAGGCAAGAUGCAAUCCCGAUUGCCUUUCUCCACGGAUGGCCGAGCUCGUUUGCCUCGUUCAUGGACAUUCUGGACCUUCUCAAGGAGAAGUACUCCCCCAAGGACCUGCCAUAUCACGUCAUUGUCCCCUCGCUUCCUGGCUACGCCUACUCAUCCGGCCCACCGAUGGACAAGGACUACGGGCUGGACAAGGCGGCCAGCGCCAUAGGCAGCCUCAUGAUCGGGCUCGGCUUCAAAGCCGGCUAUCUCGUGCAGGGCGGCGACCUCGGCAGCUUCAUCAGCCGCAUCCUCGCCAUGACGUCCGACUCGUGCAAGGGUAUGCACGUCAACAUGAUGAGCAUCCCCGGCGGCGGCGAGGAGCCCAAAGAUGACGCGGAGAGGGCCGCGCUCGACAAGGCGCGCGAGGCCGUCGACACGGGCAUGGCGUUUGCGCUGGAGCAGGGCACGCGGCCCGCGACGAUUGGCCUUGCCCUGAGUGCUAGCCCGCUGGCGUUGCUCAGCUGGAUUGGCGAGAAGAUGCUGGCGUGGACGGACCAAGAUCCUCCGUUGCAAAAGAUUCUUGAGACGGUUACGCUGUACUGGAUGACGGACACCAUCUCACGAUCCUUCUGGCACAACCGCGCCAUGGCCGGUGCCGGCGAUGAGCCCAAGAUGACUCGCAUUUCCGUGAUGAACAAGGUGACAUCCAUGUCGAUGAUUCAGCUCCCUUUCGUCGAGAAACCAACCGGAUACUCCAUGUUUGCUCACGAGAUCAUUCCUGUGCCCCGAAGCUGGGCCGCCAAAACCUGCAACCUCGUCUUCUUCAAGCAUCACGAGGCGGGUGGGCACUUUGCGGCUAUGGAGCAACCCGCGGCACUGCUUGAGGACGUUGAGAGCUUCGCAAAAGUGGCCUGGAGCCCGGCUUAG